UUCGGAGAGGGCGCAAACCCCAGCCAUGAGACGCAGGAAGGCUAGGAACUGACUGCACUCCUCGAUCCCGCAUCACAAUCCCAACGCCCGGAGAAAAUCUUAGCUUUGCCCGAGCCCCAGGUACCACUGGGCUCAGCAAAGGAGGUACCUUUCUCCGUUCCCCUCCCAGUCCUAGCACUCUUGGUUCUGAAGACGCCAAGAGACUUGCGUGGGUGCUGCAGUCCCUAAGAGCGGGCAGCAGGUGUCCAGGGAGGGCCUCCAGGUUCCCGCCGACCCUCGGGCUCAGCACAGGCCCCGACCCCUCCUCGGAGCCCGCUGUUCCGCGCCGCUGGAGACCGCGCCUCCCCGCAGCAUGGCCCUCAGCGCAGACGACCCGCUGCAGCCGAGCCUGCUGUCCACCCAGCAGACCACGCUCCUGCUGCUCCUCUCCUUGUUGGCCGCCGUGCACGUGGGUCAGUGGCUGCUGAGGCAGCGGCGGCAGCCCUGGUCCUCGCCCCCGGGCCCCUUCCCUUGGCCGCUGAUCGGAAAUGUGUCAGCGGUGGGCCCGGCGACGCACCUGUCCUUCGCGCGCUUGGCGCGACGCUAUGGCGAUGUCUUCCAGAUCCGCUUGGGCAGCUGUCCCGUGGUGGUGCUGAACAGCGAAAGCGCCAUUCACCAGGCCCUGGUGCAGCAGGGCGCCACCUUUGCUGACCGGCCAAACUUCGCAUCCUUUCGCGUGGUGUCUGGUGGCCGCAGCGUGGCUUUCGGUCCUUACUCGGAGGCCUGGAAGGCGCAGCGGCGCGCAGCUUUCAGCAUCAUGCGCGCCUUCUCCACGCGCCAGCCGCGCAGCCGCCGCAUCCUUGAGGGCCACGUGCUGGGCGAAGCGCGCGAGUUGGUGGCGAUUCUGGUGCGCGGCAGCGCGGGGGGAACCUGCCUCGACCCGAUGCAGCCGAUCAUCGUGGCGGUGGCCAACGUCAUGAGCGCGGUGUGCUUCGGCUGCCGCUACAACCACGGAGACGCCGAGUUCCAGGAGCUGCUGAGUCACAACGAGGAAUUCGGGCGCACCGUGGGCGCGGGCAGCUUGGUGGACGUGAUGCCCUGGCUGCAGCUCUUCCCCAACCCGGUGCGCACCACCUUCCGCGAGUUCCAGCAGCUCAACCGCGCUUUCAGCAACUUCGUCUUUGACAAGUUCCUGAGGCACCGCGAAACCCUGCGACCUGGGGCCGCGCCCCGCGACAUGAUGGACGCCUUCAUCCUCUCCGCCGAAAGAAAGGCAGCCGGGGACUCCGGAGGGGUCGGCGCACAGCUGGACAUGGAGAACGUGCCGGCCGCCGUCUCCGAUAUUUUCGGCGCCAGCCAGGACACGCUGUCCACCGCUCUGCUGUGGCUGCUCAUCCUCUUCACCAGAUACCCUGACGUCCAGGCUCGCGUGCAGGCUGAAUUGGAUCAGGUUGUAGGAAGAGACCGACUUCCCUGUAUGAAUGACCAACCCAACCUACCGUAUGUGAUGGCCUUUCUUUAUGAAGCCAUGCGAUUCUCCAGCUUUCUGCCUGUUACUAUUCCGCAUGCCACUACUGACAAUGCCUUUGUCUUGGGUUACUACAUCCCUAAGAACACGGUGAUUUUUGUCAACCAGUGGUCUGUGAAUCAUGACCCAGUAAAGUGGCAUAACCCAGAGGACUUCGAUCCAGCCCGAUUCUUGGACAAGGAUGGCUUCAUCAACAAGGAUCUGGCAAGUAGUGUGAUGAUUUUUUCAGUGGGCAAACGACGGUGCAUUGGGGAAGAGUUGUCCAAGAUGCUGAUGUUUCUCUUCAUUUCCAUCCUAGCUCAUCAGUGCAAUUUCAAGGUCAACCAAAAUGAGCCCUCAAAAAUGAGUUUCAGUUAUGGCCUGACCAUUAAGCCCAAGUCCUUUAAAAUCCACGUUUCCCUCAGAGAGUCCAUGGAGCUCCUUGAUAGUGCUGUCCAAAAGUUGCAAGAUGAGGAUGCUUGCCAGUGAGAAGCCAGGGGCAAGCUGAUAUUUUAGAAGUGCUCCAGUCUUGGAGAACAGGAAGGAAAACUAGAAUCAUUUUAGUUCCUCUUUUAUGCCACUAUUUAAUCAGCCUCUGUGGUGGCCGUGCACUAACUGGCUUGCAGAUGAGACCUGUUCCAUACUGAGUGGCUCCUCAUAAGCCAUGGACUAUGUCAAAGCUUUGGAAGACUUUUUGAGUCAAAGAAUAGAGAGAGCCCAUGGAAUUUUUGUAUACUACUAGAUUAUUGGUGAUAGUUUCUUAAGAAGCAUUCUUUGGAAUUAAAUUUCACCGCCACUACCAACAUGCAUAUACAACUAUCUAAUGAAGGAGUUUUUCAGUAACUAUGACUUUUUAGGUGAAUCUAAGAUUAAGUUUCUAUGUGCAGAAAUAUAUUCCAUAGAAAAUAGUAUUGAGCAACAUUUCAGAAUAUAUUGAAAAUGCAAAGGCAAGUAGUUUCAAUGUAAGAUGUGAUUGGGGGUGAUAAAGGAAAAGGUUAGGGACCAAGAAUUACCUUCUCACCUUUUCAGUAAAAUAGCUUAGCUAGAUUGUAGCUAUUUGGGUGGAUUUAUCUUUUUUCCACUGAUGUGCUUUCCCUACUUUAGCAUGAAUCAAAAAGUCAGUUUCUUUAAAAAAAAUGUUACUAGUCAAUAUAAUAAUUGUAAGUUUCAGACAUUAUGAAUUUUAAAGUGUGUCACUUUGGUAAUCAGUAGAGAGUUUCAGAGGUUCGUCAUGAAUUUUAGAGUGUCAGUAGUUAAACUGUAAAACUUCAAUCUGAAAUUGUACUUCUCUUGGUUGCCAAAGUAUAGUAUUUCAAUUAUGAGGAAAAAAAAAAAAGACUUUCCAGUCUAGCUUUGAUAUAUGCUUAUUUGUACUUAUUUCAGUAAGUCUCAUGGGUUUAAAAAACCCAUGUCACCAAAUAGUAUUAAGUAUAUAUUAUAUACAUAUAUGUUACAAUGUAGUAUGUUAGUAUCAAUUACUUUCAUUAGGAAAAGCUUCAAUAACAUAUGUCUUGAAAAAUAUUAUAAAUCAAAAAGUAGAACCAGUCCAAUGAAGUAUAGUCCAAAUACAUUAAAUGAACCUUAUUUUUGACAUGAAAACCAAACCAAAGCAAGAGAUCUUUCCUUAUCCAAGUUUUGAACAAUAGACAAAUCUCAAAAUUAUGAGUUAAAUGUUCUUGUUUAAAUUAAAAUUAUAUUUAUAAUACAAAUUCUCCUUUUGUGAUUGGCCCAUUAAUAUGUUCAAAUUCCAAGCUCUUGCAUGCUUAAAUUUAAAUUUAAUUUAAAAUCCAAUCUGAUUAUUGUGUGCCAGUUGAAGCCGGCAGAAAUCUGACCAAUGUCCUGUAGAAGGCGAGAUAUCCAACCUGGCAAUAGUAAAAACGCCACGUAUGUCCAGCUUUUCUUUUCGCUGAGUGAUACUGGGGUGUGGACUCUAGUUAAAACUGACUGGUUUCUCUUUUAAAUGAUUAAUGAAAGUUCAGCAUUAAGGUCUAUUUUUAAAUGUCAGAAUCAAAAGCUCCUUUGGGAGGUUGUUUUGCAAACAGGGUUGUAAGACAGUGGACUGGGCCAAUUAGGCACUAUUUAUGAGCCAUUAGUUUGGUAGUUCAGAAAUAAAGCUGGAACAAAUGUGUGUAUCUGGAUUAUAGAAAUAACCUGAAAACUUUUUAGAAAAGUGAUGAAACAGUGCAAAAAUACAAAGGGAGGUUCCAUAUUUUUAUUUUCAUUGCAACCUAGCUGCCAAAAGAAGUCCUACAGGACACGGUUUGCUGUUUUAUGAAGCUAUUUGGAAUUUCUGUAUCAAUAUUACCAAGGAAGAAGUGAACGAUGGUUUUGUAUGUGGGUGGUCAGAAGAAAGAAGGGCAGAGCGAAAAGGAAGACAGAUGAGUAAAUAUUUUCCUACCCAUUCCAAAUUAACCAAAGCACUAAAUUUGAAGCAGACAUAUUUAGAAAAAAGUUGUUUGAUGUGCCAGGGUUGAAUCUCAAAUAAAUUUCUAGAAAUCCUCAACCCAGCAGGACUGUUCCGUAGUUUGGAAUAUUGAGUUAAUAAACAUUUCAUAUAAUUUUAUUUUUUAUGUUUCAUAGUUUUACCUCCUCAAUAUGAAAACUUUUGCCAGUAUUUUUGAAGACAUUAAAAUCAACUAUAGAAACAAGGCUUAGCCAAUGUAUAUACAUUUUUUUAGGCACUGGGUAGUCCAAAAUACUAUGGCUUACAGUGAUGUGGGGCUCCUGUAGCCUAUUUACUCUGAGAUAUGUGUAACAGCAAAAAUAAUCAAUUACCAAUCCAGAUGCCUCAUUAAUCAACAAGUUCAGAUGGGCUAUAAUCUGUUUUGAUGGAUAUAGGCUUGACUGUCAUCUGAUGUCUGAGGCAAAGAGAAAUCUGUGAUUAGAUAGAAGUAGGUGGGUGCGUGGAGGUUGCUUGGUUUACUGAAUAUAUUUAUCAGUCAAAGGAAGAAAAAUAAAACCAAAUAUGAAAAAAACAGCAACAAAAUUUUAGGCCACAGUAAUUGGAUUACUGGUUUAAUCAGCAAUCCUCAUUUAUUUUUCUCCUAGAGAUAGACUGUAUUUUCUGAUUGCUAUUAAAGUCAGAACGUCUUCUUCAUGUUAUCACAAAGUAUAUACAACAUCACAAAGUUAUUACAACAUCAUUUAUAUUUUAAGACUUUGACUGUUUAAGAAAAGUGCCUUUUUUCUAAAAUAAGAAGAUAUCUCAGGUGUGUUUUGUGGAUUAUCUUAAAGCUUUCAUGUCCCAGAACUUAGCCUUUACCUGUGAAAUGCUUCUACACCUGUUCCUCAUACUAGAUCUAUAUUAGAUCAAAUAGUUGCCUAACAGUAUGUUUUUAGCUGUGAAACAACUUUGUGGUUAAAAAGAUUUUAGUAGAUGAUUGUAAUUCAAGAAUAACUUUUUAUUUAACCAUUUAUUAUUUUUGUACUUUGUCAUGUAUACUUUUAGCAUGUAUGGUAGCAGUUAUAUGUACAUGGUUGUAACCAAAAUAGGUUUUGAGGCAACAAAAUGUAUCUGUUUGAUAUAUCAAAUUUCAAAAAAAUCUGUAUCUGUGUUUAUGUAUAAUGGGACACUAUUACAAAAACAAUAAAGUCACAUUUAUAAUUUUAUGAAGUUUCAUUUUACAUUGUAACAAAUAUAGUCUAAUGCAUCCAUUUAUUUCUAUUAUUACUGUGCAUUCUUGAACUAAAAUAUAGCAUAAUAAAUUGAUUGCUAUUUUAA